AUGUAAAAAGUAGCCAUCUUGGCAUUCAUAGUAGCAAUAACAGCUGCUAAGUUUGUUGAUACUCAUACAACGUUAGCUCAAAUAAAUGCUGACCCAUUCGGACAUGUUGUAUUAUCUGCAAUAAAGGCUCAUCUUCAAGCAUAAACACCAGCAAAUGAAGUUAACAUGUUAUUGAAUGCUGUAGGUGCAGGCAUCGUUUAAGAUUAAAAUGAUCAUGAUCAUGCUUUUGAAUUGGAUACAACAACUAACAACAGAAUAGUUGAGGACUUAGAGAAGGAAGUCUUGUAUCACUAGAAUUAAAUAGCUUCUAACACAUAAUUGAGAGACGACACAAUUGAAGCUCUUGCCGUUUCAGAAGAUGACAUCAGAGUUACAAUUCAAGAUAUUGCAAAUAAUGAAGCUACUUAUGCUAGAGAAGAGGCUACAAGAAAUCAAUAACAUGAAACCUUCGUUGCUAAAGUUGCUGCCAUUGAUGAUGUGAUUGAUGCCAUUGAUGAUGCUGCAAAACUUAUUUAACAUUUAAGUUUAGGUGCCUCAUUUGCUUAAAUCAAGACCAAAUUUGACACACUCCACAAAAAACUCUCUGAUAACACAUCACAUUCUGCUCUUUUAUAACCAGUCAUUGCAGCUUUGACAGAACUUGCUACUCAUGGAGUUAACUAAAAGGCUUUGACCAAAAUUGCCCAACUUUUGAGCGAAAUCAGAUAACAAUUAGUUUAAGAAAAGGCUACCAAGACAGAUGUUGAAGAAAGAUAAGCUGCUCAUUGGGCUGAAUUCUCUGCUCAUUUGGCAAACGAACAUACCAGAUUAGUUGAAAGAAAGGCUUAGUUGGAAGUUCAAAUCUAAGAACAAAAGGAUACUAUUGAAGAUGCUGUUUCAUGGAUUGAAUUCCAUACAUUGGAAUUGGAAAAUAGCGAGGAAAGACUUGCUGGAUAAUAAGCAUGGUUUGCUGUCUAAUCAUAAAUAUAUGAAACUUAAACAGCUGAAAGAACUGCUUAAUAAGAUAUUGUUGAUAGACUCUAAGAACACAUUAGUGAAAAAUUAUCAACAACUGCAUAAUUUAUUGCCAGCAGAAACUGAUUUCAUUAUCCAAUA